GGUAAUCAUCAAAAUCUUUGUGAUAAUCCCAAAUGACAUAUCACUUCUCCAUUGAGAUCGACUCCACCGGCAAACUCGCCAUCGAAGAGGAAAAUAGUGGCAAAAAGUUAUGGAAACUAUCAGUCAUUAUGUUUUUGAUCACUAUUUCUCUUCUCAUAAUGAUCGGUCUAUUCAUUGUGGAAGGGCUUCAGUGCCGACAGACCGACGAAGAGGCCGACCAAUGCGGACAACAUUUGACAUUCUUCGGCGAUCCCGAUGUUGUCAUACCGUUGAACGAAGACGAUAUGGUCCGGCACUGCAAGCUAAUGUUUGACUCAAUCAAAUGCCUGCAACAGUACGCCCGGACCUGUUUGCCGACAUUCCCGCAACAGGCGCUUCAGAUCUUCACGUACGACAUGAAACAAGUGAUACAACAGCGAUGCCAUUCGCCACUCGUCAGGCAAAACUUUCUAGAGUACGCCAAGUGCUGGUCGCCGAAGUCGCGUAUGCAUAAGACCAACAUCUGUUCCGACAAACACAUUGUCCAACUGGAGUACAUCCGGUGGCACGUGGACCCCGAGCACCAGAUACCGGCCAUUUGUUGCACAUACCAUCAGCGGCACGACUGUAUCAAACGCGAGAUAUCGGACAUAUGUGACGACCAGAAUGUCGAGUACGUCAUCGAAAUCAUCGACGGCUCAACUCAAGCCAUGUUUGAGUUUACGUGCGAUCAGUUCACGUCCACCAAGUCCUGCAACCGGCUGUUCAACGCCACCGUUUGGGAACCGCUCAAGAAUGUGGUCAAUACUAAUGAUGAAAAACUGUUGGCCGCCCGACACAAGCAUAAGAGCAGUCUCGGCCCCAUUGUGGCCAUUAUUACACAUUUUGAGAUUUCUAUGUUGGAUGGGGUGAAGUGUUUGCACGACUUCGGGCGCAACUGUUUGUCCGCCUUUCCAAAGCAGGCGUUGGGUAUACUCACUAACCGUCUCCGCAAAGUCAUACUCAGGCGGUGCCGACGACGUCGGGAAAGAGAUAGGUUCUUGGCGUUUGCCAAAUGUCUUCAGCCUCGGGGGCGACUCCGGCGGACCAACGCCUGUGUGGACAAACACAUCGUUCAGUUGGAGUACAUUAAGGCUCGGGUGGGACUGGACUCGACCCUACAGGCCAUUUGCUGUACGUUUCAUCAGCGCAAUGACUGCGUCCAGCGGGAAAUGUCGGCCAUUUGUGAUCAAACAGAUGUCGACUAUUUGAUGAAAAUCAUCGACGACUCGACCAAAGAUGUGACCACUUUUGCCUGCGGCCGAUACGCCAGCACCGAGUCAUGCGAUCGCCAUUUUCAGGCAUCUGUUUGGCAGCCAUUGAAAGAUAUCGCCGACACUUUUUUAGACAACCAGAAGAAGGGCGAAGAGAAUCUCAAGACAUUAUCGCGAUCUAAGGCCAGCGUUUGGGUCGACACUAAUAAAGGCAAUAUAUUUAGUACAAGUAUUGGCAGCAGUCAUAUAGAAAAGGACAAGAAUGGUAAUAACGGGACGGGAGCAGCGGUGGGCCGGUCAUCAAACAUGUUGCUAACACUGAUGAUACAGCCCGGCGGACAGACACCCGUCACCGAAGUGAGGGCCAGCGAUGGCCACGAGUCCAGCCUUAAGCCCAUACUAUUGCUGUUACAACAACAGCAAGACUUGAGUGAAUUGUUGUUAGAAAAACAGGAGAAAGUGGAGAAAAUGAACGUUCAUUUACAGCAACAGGUAUCGAUGGCCACGAGUCCAGCCUUAAGCCCAUACUAUUGCUGUUACAACAACAGCAAGACUUGA